AGAGGAAAGAGAGAUCCAUCGAACCGAGGCCGAGCCCGAGCGGCAACAAAAGGAAAGCUCGCCUCGCCUCGCCUUUCUCCGUGCCCUAGCACGCGCCGCGCAGCCUACGAGCGGGAGCAGCCACCACCACCACCAUCGCCACCGCCACCGCCACCGCCCUCGAGGUCUUCAUUUGUUGCACUCAUGAUUUAGCACCAGCCAAACUGACCUCUGAGACUGCACGGUGACUUAGCCUGUUGCUAGGAUAAAAAAUUUAAGCAUGGCGGAUUCUAUGGUGUCAAGUUUCUGGGGACCUGUUACUUCAACAAUUGAGUUGUGCGAGGAAAAUUAUGCACACUCAUCAUAUAUUGCAGAAUUCUACAAUACUAUUUCUAAUGUUCCGUGUGUUCUUCUUGCACUUGUUGGACUUUUCAAUGCUCUUCGCCAACGUUUCGAGAAACGAUUCAGUGUCCUGCACAUAUCCAAUAUGAUUCUAGCUAUUGGCAGUAUGAUCUUCCAUGCCACCUUACAACAUGUUCUACAGCAGAGUGACGAGACUCCAAUGGUGUGGGAAAUUCUCCUAUAUCUUUAUGUACUUUAUUCACCAGACUGGCAUUACCGGAGCACUAUGCCUACUUUCCUUUUCUUAUAUGGUGCUGCCUUUGCGGUAGUCCAUUUCUUUGUGCGAUUCCAAGUGGUAUUCAAGUUGCAUUACAUCGGCCUCUGUCUCCUAUGUAUCCCACGGAUGUACAAGUACUACAUACAGACUAAAGACAUGGCUGCCAAGCGUCUAGCAAAGCUAUGGGUUCUUACUUUGAGCCUGGCGACUCUUUGCUGGCUAUUUGAUCGUAUGUUCUGUAAGAAGCUUUCACAUUGGUACGUCAACCCGCAGGGACACGCAUGGUGGCAUAUUCUCAUGGGUUUUAACUCAUACUUUGCAAACACAUUCUUAAUGUUUUGCCGAGCUCAGCAGCGCGGGUGGGAGCCCCGAAUUACCCACCUUCUUGGGUUCUUGCCUUAUGUUAAGGUUCAGAAACCCCCAAAGAGGGAAUGAGUUCUCUAUUGAUCACUGGUGUUCUACAGGACCUUAAAGCCAACGCCCCAAUGCGCUUGACAAGAAGCAGAGGCAUUAUUUUUGUAAAUGGGCUUCCAAGUGAUUACAGACUGUUAUGAGGCCUCACUAGAUUUUGUUAACGUUAACUGACGCCUGUUUUGUACCAUACUUAAUUGUCGCUCAAAGAUUAGAUGGAGUGGUGUCGUAGUUUUGGUCAUUAUUUUUUAUUUCUCUACAUUUGAUUUUUUGUUCUAAUAGGACUACAUUUUAUUUGUUUUUUGCUUGUCUUGAAUUGUGUCGAACGGUAUUAGUCAAUUUACUGCUUCAUAUGGCAAUAGUUUGAUCUUCUGAUGUUUA